AUGAGCACCCUCUCGAAGUCCCAAAGUGUCCGCGCGGGCAAGACAUAUGCAACUGAAAAGGAUUGGCACCGUAUGCAGCCUACUAUCACCAAGCUCUAUCGAGAUGAGAAUAGAUCCCUGAGACAAGUUAGCGAGAUCAUGGAAUCCCACUAUCAUUUCCAUGCAACAACUAAGAUGUACAAGUCAAGACUGAGUACGUGGAAGCUAGACAAGAAACUUAAAGAAGCCGAAGUAAUGGUGAUGCUUCGACAAAAGGAGGACCGCGAAGCUGCAGGGAAGCGCUCGCAAUUCUUUCUCCGAGGCCAAGAAGUCAACUGGGAACGGGUGAUGCAGUAUCUGAAACAUAGACCCGACCUACAAGAUACGUCUAGCGUCGAUAUUGCAAGAUAUCUAGAUACGAGUUUAGACAUCACAUGCUCUACACCCUCGCCGACCUUACUCAAAAACGAAAUUCCUCGUCGGAUAGAACCGCAUUCAGAUCUGCGCCUGCUUGACAACUCCAUAAGGAUUAUCCAUUCCAACCUUGAUGGGGCAUUUGAAACAGGUUUAGUAGCCAUUGACGGGCAUGUUCUCUACGGACCAAACGGUGAACCAGCCAGGCAAAGGGUCCGGAAGUGGCACAAUGACAUGGCCGACGUACACGUACUGCUGAGCAGCAAGGAAACAACUGCUGCCUUCCGCCUUCUCAACAAGCAACUUGAUUUUCUGAAGCAUCUUAUAAGGGAACAAGACCCCGAGUUGCUUUUACUAACAUUCCACGACAUCUUCGACCUGGAACCCAACCUCGCGGAGUCGCUCCUUGUCUUUGUGUGUAGGAUGCACCAGGCCAUAUUUGGCGAACAUCACCCCCUCAGCUUGAUCUGGGACAAUCUCGUUCGCUUCACUGCAAAGGCCCGCUUACAGGCUGUCUUGAGCAUGGCCGCUUCCACCGCGAAGGAAAUGGAGGCGAGGAUGGGGGCCCAGUCUGCAUACGUGGAGGCUCUGGAGUGUCUUCAGGUGGAUGUGCAUAAACAAACGGGCUCCAAGGAUGCGUUCGGGAGUUCAUGA